GGUUGACAGCAGCAGUCGCCCAGAACUAGCGUUGCCAAAUCCUUUGUUUCGACUUGUUACUGAUGUGAGAUUGUAAGUGAAUUUCCAAGGAUUAAACGCGUGCUCAUGUCUAUCCACAUCACAUUAACUGUUAUAGUCUAUUAGGACUAUUUCAAAACAAUUAUAACAUCUUUUAAUUUGGUGCUUAUCCUGAUUUAAAUUGUUUGCGGCGAUUUAAUCGCAAAGAUCUGGCAACCCUCGGCCACAGCACAGAGGCAAAUGCGGACUGCUUAGCUAGUGUGCUAGCAGCAUACAUGUGGAGGGGAUCACAUCCCAAACUCUGCCCAAAUUCCCCUUUAGACUGCCAAAUACCGCCAACUGCCCCUGUAUCGCUCACAACAAACGUGUUUUCUUCAACAUGAAAGGUAGCCGGAUCGAGUUGGGGGACGUUACACCCCACAACAUUAAACAGUUGAAGCGGCUGAACCAAGUGAUCUUCCCUGUCAGCUACAAUGACAAGUUCUACAAAGAUGUUCUUGAAGUAGGAGAGCUCGCCAAGCUAGCGUAUUUCAACGACAUUGCAGUUGGUGCCGUGUGCUGUAGAGUGGAUCACUCUCAGAACCAGAAGCGCCUCUACAUCAUGACACUGGGUUGUCUAGCACCUUACCGCAGACUUGGCAUUGGAACAAAAAUGCUGAACCAUGUGUUGAACAUUUGUGAGAAGGAUGGCACUUUUGACAACAUUUACCUUCAUGUGCAGAUCAGCAAUGAGUCUGCAAUUGACUUCUACCAGAAAUUUGGCUUUGAGAUCAUUGAGACAAAAAAGAACUAUUACAAGAGGAUAGAGCCAGCAGAUGCCCACGUUCUUCAGAAAAGCUUGCGCAGCCCGUGUGCGCCCCCAGCAGGAGAGCUGCAGAAAGCCAACUAGGGGUCGAAGCGAAACACCACAUUGGUUUCUUCCCCCAAAUGGAACUGUAACAGAUGCCCCAGGGUUGACACUCAACACUUUCUUCAGAGGACAUUUUAGACAGAAAAAAAUCAAUGACGUAUUUGCUGCAUUUAUUGUGCAAAAACUUUAGUUUCAAAUUAAAAAAAAUUUUUUUUGGUUUCAUCAUUUAGAGUUGAAAUUACAUGGAGGUUUUCAAGCAGAAUUCAUAAGUGCUCCAAAAAGCUGCUGACUUCCUAUUGAUCUGACAUGGUGAAGGUUGUUUUCAAAGUAUACAGUUUGCAUUUUUUUAAGGUAAGGGGACAUCGCUUUGCUUGGACAAAACAAUAGAACAAAAGAGGUAAAGUCUUUUUAAAAUAUGACUCGAUACGCCCCAGCUGGCAACCUUGGAGGGAUUGUUUGAAUCGUCUUAGGGGAACUUGGAAUCCGCAGACCUCAAUCACCCCGCCAUCUGAGCCCUCGGACAUGCGGCAAGGGAAUCUGCAGGUAGCUGAGACCUCCUGUUUCACCAUACAGGCAAUAUGCAAUGUUGGAGGGUUGCAUUUGAUGCAAUGUCUCCUUGUGAUGUCAGCCGCCUCAGUCUGCGUUGAGGCUAGCGUAAAGCCCCCUCGAACAAGAGAGUGGUACUGUUUUAGUAUGGAGGAGGUUAAGGGGAGUAAACUCCACUUGUUUGUGAAUGUUUUGUUUAUCAGCCCAUUAUUUAAUAUCCCCAUCUGUUUUCUUCCUUUUUUUUAAUAUGUGGAUUGAGUCCGGGCUUUUCCUGGGGUUUACAGUAAUGCUGCCUGUGAGAUGUUAUAGCUUCAGAUAGCAAGAUAUGGCUUUUUUAUGGGCCUUGACGGUUGCAUUGUUUAUGGUGGAUGUGGUUCUCAAAUACUAUAAUCCACCAGGACUUAAAUUUAGAGUUUAGUAGUUGUUGUUUUAUUUGAAAGUUUCAUUUCCCCCCACCUAUUACCUGCCUGACUGUUUCUAACUUUAAAUCCAAGCCUCUCACUUGUUAACUCAUCAGAGAUAAAUCCUCCCACAAUGCAACAGUUACAUUUCAGUGAUGUUCACUGACCACCACCUAUUUUCCAUAUACACUGUGGAAGUGAAAAAGGUUAGUUCUACAAGUUAUUGUAUAGGACUUACAGAACCAGAUCCCAGGAAAAGCCUUGACUCAGUGCAUGCCAAGGGAGACAUGCCCUCUCCAUUGUAGUAAAAGCAUGUUUUUUGUUCCUCCUUUCUUUGGAAAAUUUUAUCUUUUUCUGGAGCUCUAUAUUGUAUGACUUUUAAACCUCUAAAUAAAAAAAAUACUAUUUGCAUUA